CUGCUCUUUCUCCAGGAAUCCUGUUCACAAUGCUGGUGUUUGGACCCGCCUGCGGGUUCAUCCUGGGCUCCUUCUGUACCAAAAUCUACGUGGACGCUGUGUUCAUUGAUACAAGUAACCUGGACAUCACCCCGGACGACCCCCGCUGGAUUGGAGCCUGGUGGGCCGGCUUUCUGCUCUGCGGUGCCUUACUCUUCUUCUCUUCCCUCUUGAUGUUCGGGUUCCCCCAGUCUCUGCCCCUGCACUCCGACCCCGCCGUGGAGAGCGAGCAGGCCAUGCUCCCCGAGAGGGAGUACGAGAGGCCCCCGCCCAGCAACGGGGUCCUGCGGCACCCGCUGGAGCCGGACAGCAGCGCCUCCUGCUUCCAGCAGCUGAAAGUGAUCCCCAAGGUCACCAAGCACCUGCUCUCCAACCCCGUGUUCACCUGCAUCGUCCUGGCCGCCUGCAUGGAGAUCGCGGUGGUGGCCGGCUUCGCUGCCUUCCUGGGGAAGUACCUGGAGCAGCAGUUUAACCUCACCACCUCCUCUGCCAACCAGCUGCUCGGGAUGACGGCGAUCCCCUGCGCCUGCCUGGGCAUCUUCCUGGGCGGCCUGCUGGUGAAGAAGCUCAGCCUGUCCGCCCUGGGCGCCAUCCGCAUGGCCAUGCUCGUCAACCUGGUGUCCACGGCGUGCUACGUCUCCUUCCUCUUCCUGGGCUGCGACACGGGCCCGGUGGCCGGGGUCACGGUUCCCUAUGGAAACACCUCAGCGCCUGGCGCAGCCCUGGACCCCUACUCACCCUGCAAUAAAAACUGUGAAUGCCAAACCGACUCCUUCACUCCCGUGUGCGGGGCGGACGGCGUCACCUACCUGUCUGCCUGCUUCGCUGGCUGCAACAGCACGAAUCUCACGGGCUGUGCGUGCCUGACCGGCCCGCCCGAGAACGCCACCGUGGUCCCCGGCAAGUGCCCCAGUCCCGGCUGCCAAGAGGCCUUCCUCACCUUCCUGUGCGUGAUGUGUGUCUGCAGCAUGAUCGGGGCCAUGGCCCAGACGCCCUCGGUCAUCAUCCUCAUCAGGACAGUCAGCCCUGAACUCAAGUCUUACGCGCUGGGAGUUCUUUUCCUCCUCCUCCGCUUGCUGGGUACGUAUCCUCUCCUUAUUCCCUCAAUAAUGAGUCGGAUGCUGCGGCCCAG